AUGUCUGAUAUCAAGAAGUACCAGCUCGGGGACUUCGCACUCCAGAACAACGGCUCGUUGCCCGGAGCAUGGAUCGCCUAUAAAACAUUUGGCGACCCGUCUCUCCCAGCGGUUGUCUAUCCUACGUGGUAUUCUGGUACCAUCGCGGAUAACGAAUGGCUCAUUGGAGAAGAUAAAACUUUGAACCCGUCGAAGUAUUUCAUAAUCAUUCCAGCCAUCUUCGGCAAUGGAGAGUCCAUCAGUCCAUCCAACUCAGACAUCAACCCAUUUCCCGAUGUGUCUUUCUUCGACAAUGUGAAAGCACAGUACGAGUUGGUCACCAAGGAACUCAAGAUCAAACAUCUCAGAGCCGUUCUCGGAUGGUCCAUGGGGGCAGCUCAAUCUUUCCAAUGGGCGACGCAAUAUCCCGAUUUCUUGGACAUCGCCGUCCCGUUCUGUGGUUCCGCCAAAUGCGCUCUGCACAACCAAGUUUUCCUGGAGGGCAUCAAGUCAGCGCUCCUAGCGGCGAAAAAAACAAGCUCAGCUGGUAGCACUCUGGGACGCAUUGCAUCGGCUGAAGAGAAGUCUCUUCGCAUUUGGUCAGAUGAGGAGAAGGAAAUUGGCCUGAAGGCUUUCGGUCGUGGCUACGCGGGAUGGGGAUUCUCACAGGCAUUUUACCGACAAGAGUUGCACAAGAAGUUCUAUGGAGCGAAGGAUCUCGAAGACUUUAUGCAGAUAUUUUGGGAGAAGUGGGCUCUGAGCAACGACCCGGAGGACUUGCUGGCCAUGAUUCACACAUGGCAGAGCGCCGACGUGAGCAACCAAGAGCCUUACAACGGCGACUUCAAGAAGGCCAUGGCAAGCAUCAAGGCGAAGACUUUGGUGCUGCCCUGCAAGACUGACCUCUACUUCCCGCCCGAAGACUCUCAGUACGAAGUCGAAUGCAUGAGCGAAGGCGUUGGCGAACUAGCUGUCUACCCCUCCAUAUGGGGUCACUGGGCCGGUGGUCCUCCUGGGAACUUCGAAGAUGUUGAGUGGCUCGACAACAAGUUGAAGGGCAUCUUUGCUACUGCGCCUCAGAGAGGGUAG